UUCUAUGUGCAGCUGCCAUGUAGCAGAGGGAGGAACAGCUGGCUGAGGGAAGAGCCAGCCCGGGGAGUCAGUCACAUUCCUGGCUGGGAUUCAAUGACUGAACCAGACACAAACAAACAGAGAGGGCGAGAGAGAGAGAGCGAGAGAGAAGGAGAGAGAGAGAGGGAGACAGACUGAGAGUACGCCAGACUGAGCAGACGAGCCGUAUUUCGGGCGCACAUUUUGGAGUGCGUAAAACCACAGGAGCGCACAGAAACACACUAACCCGUGAUUGCGCGUUGGAUAAAACGACUUUUUAAAUCUCGGAGUUGUCGACUUUAAUUUCGCACGCCGACAGGAACUGGUUCGUGUGAAUUCAGCAGCCCUCAGUUUUCUGAAUGGACGCGCUGGGAAGCUUCUCCGGUGACAUGGAAAUGCGUGUUAUCGAGCGUGUGGCCGGAUGCUGAGGACGCCCGAUCCGAUAAGUCGAAUCCAUCUUUCAUUUUGAGUUUUUGAACUCUGGUUUCUGAGCGGCUACAACAUGGAGGGCUCCAGCUUCCAGCCCCAUCCCGGACUUCAACAAACUCUCAAGCAGUUUCAUCUGAGUUCCAUGCGCUCUCUCGGCGGACCGGCCGCGUUCUCCGCCCGGUGGCACCAGGACUCGCUCUUCGGCAAAGAUGUCAAAUCUGCCGAGAUGAUGCUCACCAUGCCGCCGCAGACGCCCCCGGUGAUGUCCGGUCCACUUUUCAUCCCGUCCGACCGCUCCACGGAGAGGUGCGAGACGGUGCUGGAGCGGGAACCCAUCUCUUGCUUCGUGGUGGGCGGCGAGAAGCGGCUGUGCCUGCCGCAGAUCCUCAACAGCGUCCUGAGAGACUUCUCUCUCCAGCAGAUCAACUCGGUGUGCGACGACCUGCACAUCUACUGCUCCCGGUGCACGGCGGACCAGCUGGAGAUCCUCAAAGUGGUGGGGAUCCUGCCCUUCUCGGCCCCGUCCUGCGGGCUGAUCACGCAGACGGAUGCUGAGCGCCUGUGCAACGCGCUCAUCUACGGGGGCUCGUACCCGCCUCACUGCAACAAGGAGUUCGGCUCCCUGGAGCUGGAGCGCACCGAGAGGAGCUUCAAGGUCUACCACGAAUGUUUCGGCCGCUGCAAAGGCUUGUUCGUCCCGGAGCUGUACACCGGCCCGAGUGCAGCCUGCGUCCAGUGCAUGGACUGCAGACUUAUGUUCCCUCCUCACAAGUUUGUGGUGCACAGUCACAAGAGACUCGAGAAUCGGACAGUCCACUGGGGGUUCGACUCGGCAAACUGGCGGGCCUAUGUGCUCUUGGACCCGGACUACACCGGCAAAGAGGAGAAGAGUCAUCUGGAGCAGCUGCUUAAAGAGUUAAAAGGAAAAUAUGAUGUGACGCGCAAGCUGUCCAGUAAAUCCUGCAGAGUAAGUCUGGUCUAAUUCACCUCGUUAUUAACCUUCACUUUUCCAGGAAUGUUCAAUUAUUUUUGUUUGUAGUGCUACAUGUGGAUUUUCCAACAGCCCCAGGCCUCCUACAACAACUGCAUUCAUUAACACUCAUUUUGAGGGUGG